CCCUCUCUCUCUCUUUUUUUUCUUCCAUGGCAACGUUCUGUUAGUUUGUGAUUAUCUGAGAGGCGGAACCAGCAGAAUGAGCCGCCUGAGUUCGGCAAUCCCCGCUGAGCAAUACCUCGCGGACAGCAAGGUUCUGUUCUACCUGAAUGAUGCGUUGACUCAGCUGCUGGACCAUAAGGAGGAGUACACCCAGUUCGGCGUGGUUCGGUACUUCGCGGAAUAUUUCAGCAGUGUGAAGAACGGCAACCACGUCCUCUUCAGGGAGUUUAACUUCAUCAGAGCCACUCAGCACAACAGAGCGUCCUUCAUCAGAGUCUUCUGGAGAUGCUUCAGGCAGAUCGGGAAGAGUGGAGACUUGCUGUCCAUGCUGGAGUACAGGUCUCUGCUGCAGCUGCUGUGCCCAGACUUCCCUCUGGAGGUGGUGCGGAGCGCCGCCAGGUUAGUUCUAAUUGAUACCAGGACGAACAGACCGAUCAGUAAUCCAAUAGGAAUUCAUCAAAAUAAAAGAAGUUCCUCCUGUCGCCCUGCAGAGUUCCUGGACAGCGUUCAUGUGAUCUACCUGGAUCUGUUAGCCGGGAAGAGUCCCAACACCGUCAUCGUCCCCACAUCGUCCUCCGUGGAGCAGCUGACCUCAGCCGCCACGGAGGAGAACGACGGGGAGCAGCAGGAACAGGACGGCGUGGAUUCGUCCACGCUGGGCGAGUGUGUGGAGGCGCUCUGCGACAGGUUCAAGUCCAGCUUUCCCCCAGGGACGUGCAUGAGGGAAGUCCUGCAGCAGAGCGACAAAGUCUCCUACUACAGCCUACUGAGGGCUCUGGCUAAACAUGAGGGCAUCAACCAAACCAUCGGAGCCUUACCCAGCGAGGACGAGCUGCUCAUUGACCCAGAAAUGGACCAGGAACUUGACAAAUUAAUAGCUCAGAUCUCUGUGAGUCCCGGCAGCAACAGCAGCGGCAGCGCCGUGGGGGGGUUGAAGGAAGCGCAGAGGAGAGCCUCACCCCGCCGGAACAUCCACCAUCGGAGGAAGAUGGAGGUGGAGAGCGACGGCUCCACCGAGGAGACCGACUCCUCUGAAAACUGAAUUCUUCAGUUCGCUGAUUCCAGAGCCACUAAACAGCAUCUUCUAUUAUAGAUCUAUUCCGUUAGACUGUGCAGCAUAAACAAAGAGAGGACAUGUUAACCCUAUGAGGGACGUCAGGCUGACAAAUCCACUCUUCAUCCUCCACUGUUU